AUGGCCUCCACGGCCGCCAUCGCGCCGCUCACCGCGCGCGUCCGCGCCGCCGCCGGCGCGUCCUCUUCGUCGUCCGCGUCCUCCUCCUCCCCGCGCGUCGUCCGCGCGGCGCCGCCGAAACGCGCGUCGUCGCGUCGUCGCGUCCUCCCUCUCCCGUCGUCGUCGUCGUCGUCGUCGUCGUCGCGGAUCGCGAUCGCGACGCGCGCGUCGUCGUCGGAGAUCUCGCUCAUCGCGCAGGUCGCGCUGCGCGACGACUACGACCCGGUCGUCUUCCUCUUCUGCGCGAACGCGCUGUUCCUCUCCGUCGUCAUCAACGUCGUCAACUACGCGCUCGAUCGCGACGACGACGGCAACGUGUCGUGGCCCGAGGGUGGCGCCGAGGUAAUCGCGGCGAGGGUCAAGGCGGGGAUGAUCGACUACUUCGAGACGCCGUUCAAGCAGGGCGGGCUGUUCAAGCCGCCGACGCCGUCGAAAGACCUGGACGCCGCGGUCGAGGAGCUCAUCUUAGCGAAGAGCGCGGCGUACGUCGCGCGAGGGACGGACCUCGCGGAGGAGAAAGCCGCGCGGCUGAGGCGCGUUCUAUGUCCAUCACACACUGGCGUCGGCAACCCGGCCGGGGACGACGGCGAGGUCGGGGGUGCCGCGAAGAAUCCGCGGAUUGAUUUAAAAACGAGCCGAUCGUCGUCGUCGUCGUCGUCGUCGUCGUCGUCGUCGUCGUCGUCGUCGUCGUCGUCGUCGUCGUCGUCGUCGUCGUCGUCGUCGUCGUCGUCGUCGUCGUCGUCGUCGUCGUCGUCGUCGUCGUCGUCGUCGUCGUCGUCGUCGUCGUCGUCGUCGUCGUCGUCGUCGUCCGUUGUCGUCGCCACGGCGAAGUCCGCGAACUUGGAGGAGGACCGCCGGUAUGUCAACGUCACCGGGUUCCCGUUCCCGCUCACGCCGCUGUUCUCGCGCGUCACGACCGUAAAAGAGCUCGUCCCCGGCGAGGUGUGGGCGUUCGAGCAAGAGCAAGGCAUCGGACUCAACCUGGGCGUCUCCACUAACGUGCGAAUGACCGUCGUGAAGCUGCGGAACGGCGAUCUGUGGAUCCACGAUCCGAUCGCGCCGACGAGGGAGUGCGUCGAGGCGGUCGAGGCGAUCAGAGCGCGGACCGGCGGCGACGUGAAGUACGUCGUGUUGGCGACGACGCAGGCGCGUUCUGUUGUUAUCACGCUGUACGAGCACAAGGUGUUUUGCGGGCCGUUUUCGCGCAAGUUUCCGCGCGCCGAAGUGUGGAUCUCGCCCGGGCAGUUUUCCUUCCCGGUGAACCUCCCGAGCGAGUUUUUCGGCAUCUUCCCGACGGGCGAGCUCGCGUCGGACGCGGACGCGACGAUGCCGUGGGCGGACGAGAUCGAGACGAAGCUGUUAGUCCUUCCGUCGUUGUUUUGGGGUUGUUACACCUACGCGGAGGCGGCGUUUUAUCACCGAGACACCGCGUCUGUCCUCGUCACCGACGCGGCGGUGUACGUCGACGACGCGCCCCCGGACGUGAUCCCGCGCGACGCUCUCGUGGACCUCGGCGCGGAGGACGGGUUCACGAUGAGGCUUCUUCGGUUCGGUGACUACCGAGGCGGGCGGAAUCUCCCGGGCGCCGGCGGCGACAGAGACGUCGACGCGGACGGGUGCGUCGAGAUCGGGUGGCGGCGGAUGGCGCUGUUCUCGCUGUUCAUCGCUCCGGACGCGAAGAACAUUCUGAACCCGUACGCGUCGUUCGACGGUCUGAAGAACAAGUUCGUCGUGUCCCCGAUCGUGUACGCGGUCGUGUUUCAGUUCUUUCGCGGACGCGUCGCCGAGUGGGCGUUCGAAAUCGGGGACGAGUGGAAAGACGCGAGACGCGUCGUGUCCGGGCACUUUCCCGUGUGCGAGAGAGACGGCGCGGUCGAGGCGUUCGCGGACGCCUUUCGGUGGGCGAAGACGAAGGAGGAGCCGCCGGAGGAGUACGUCGAUCUGGAGGACUUGGACUCGUUGAACGUCGUCGUCGGGAUAUUACGCGCGAUCAAGGCGGUGCCGCCGAAGUGA